AUGAUUUUUUCAAGGGAUCCUGAGAGCUCCAGUCAAAGAGAUAUCGUCACGAGAGGUGACUUCCAACUUUCACCAAAAAGGUCCGAUGGACAAUCGAGACCUCAAGCUGAGACUAUAUGCUCCCCUGGCGGCAGCGCAACUCUAGCUUCUCCAACAUCAGAAAGCCAAGGACCUUACUCCGAGCCCACCCACACACCAGCACAAAGCUUCAUAUCUGGUGCUACAUCACAAAGAACUAGCGAAGAGUCCUUCCUGAGCACGACGACCAACAAUUUCAACGACUCAAGCCUGGAGUCCACUGAUUCUAAGAAAGGCAAAGAGACCCCACAGCCAAAGCCAACUGCAAGAGACCUAGACUGGGAUGGUCCAGAUGACAAGGCAAACCCUCAAAACUGGCCAGCUUUUAAAAAGUGGUUCAUCACAUUCACUGUUGCCCUAGACUGUCUUUGUGUUUCGUUGGGAUCGUCUCUUUAUGUUGAGGCCGUUCCAGAUUUGAUGAUUGAGAUGGGUGUCUCGCAAACACUCGGUAUUUCUGGCUUGACAUUCUAUCUUAUAGGAUUGGCAUUGGGACCAGUCCUUGCUGCGCCGGUAUCUGAGAUCAUCGGACGCAGAUGGAUUUACAUUGUUUCCUUGCCAAUAGGCAUGCUUUUCACCAUGGGAGUUGGCCUUGCCAAAAACAUCAGAACCAUUCUUGUUCUCAGAUUUUUCUCCGGUUUCUUCAACUCACCUCCAAUGUCAGUUGCAGGAGGUACAGUGAGUGACUUGUGGAGCAAUGACCCAGCCCAGUUGGCCGUCGCUAUGGCCCUUUUCUGUCUUGCUCCUUUCUUGGGCCCUGUUAUUGGUCCAAUUGUGGGUGGAUUUGCGGUCGACAAUCACAGCUGGGAAUGGACACAAUGGGUCCUCUUGAUCUUCUGCGGUGGAAUCAUGCCACUCCUUGUUUUGUGUCCUGAAACACUCAAGCAUGCCAUUUUGAAGAAGAGAGCAAUCAAGAGAGGUAUUGAACUUGACAAGCCCAAGAUGGAUCUCGCUCUUCUCAAGAAGAUUGCAACGAUUUUCCUCUUCAGACCAGUCGAGAUGUUGAUUGUGGAACCUAUCGUGUGUCUCACCUCCGUGUACAUCGCUUUCGUGUUUGCAGUGUUAUUCGGUUUCUUCCAAGCAUACCCUAUCAUCUUUAGGGGCAUUUAUGAAAUGAACAGAGGCGUGUCUGGUUUACCCUUCAUUGGUGUUGGUGUCGGUUUGAUUAUUGGUGUGCUCGCAUUUAUUCAAUUUGACCACACUUUUUUCCACCCAAAGAACGAAGAUGGAUCUAGAGUCAAGCGUGAUGAAAAUGGCGAGCCUAUCGAGCUUGCACCAGAAUCCAGAUUGGCCGUUGCAGUUAUUGGCUCAGUGUUCUUGCCAAUUGCCUUGUUCUGGUUAGCAUGGACAUCGAGAGAGUCGAUUCACUGGAUUGCACCAACAUUGGCAGGUGUUCCCUUCGGUUUCGGCUUGAUCUGGGUCUUCUUUGGUAUUGUCCUUUACUACUCCAUGACGUACCCUCCUCAGUGUCUUGCGUCUGCAUUGGCGGCCAACAAUGUUUUGCGUUACAGUUUGGCAUCGGUGUUCCCACUUUUCAUUUUUGACAUGUACGAAGAGCUCGAGGUCGAUUGGGCUACCUCUGUGUUUGCCUUCAUUGCAUUGGUGAUGGUGCCAAUCCCAUUCGUGUUUUACAAGUUUGGAAACAGGCUCAGACUGAAAUCCAAGUACAGUUUUGAGGCCGAAGCUAAGAGACUUGCAGCUGAGAAGGAAGACGAGGACAGUCAGGAAGCCUUCGAGUUCAAGUUCAAUGAAUCUGGAUCUAUCAGAAGUGAGCCCAAUGAAGGGGCAGGUUCCCCCUUCGUUCCAUCCACCAGGACCAUGACCGCUGACGAUAUGGUUGCUGACAAGGCAUAA